AUGGAUCACAUUGAAUGUAUAUCACCUAUGGUUGCAAGAUGGAUGCUACUAAUUAGUAUUAGUUUGGUAACUAUGGGUAUAAUGUACAGUAAUGAUACCCUUCCAGCUAUUGCUCCAUUUAUUUUCGAUGUAUUUGAAACUGUUUAUAGUAAGGAGGAGUUUGAGUAUUAUUAUAAUUUAUUAUGUUCCUUGGUAUCAGUUCCAAAUACAAUUUUUCCGUUAUUAUCGGGUGUGCUUAUAGACAGUGUUUCAUUAUACUAUUUGUCAAGUAUAUUUAUUGGUUUCUUAAUUACUGGACAAUUUAUUUUAAGUCUUGGAUUUAGUAUGAAAAGUUUAUCAAUAAUGUUACUUGGACGUUGUAUAUUUGGCUUGGGUUCUGAAUCUUCUCUAAUUACCUUUAACUCCCUUUUAAUCAGAUAUUUUCCUGAAUGGGAGGUUGCUCUUGCUUUAUCAAUAUGUUUGGCAAUUGGGAGAAUUGGAUCUGUAUUAAGUGAUAUGGUGUCUCCGAUUAUAGCAACUAUACUACCAGUAUAUUGGACUUUAGUUUUUGGGUUAGGUAUUUUGAUAAUAGGAGGUAUCAGUGUACUAAUUAGUUUGAACAAGUAUUACAAAGAGUGUUUAAAUAUGCAUAAAAUUAGGAAUAAUUCAGAAAUAAUAGCAAAUGGUAAUAAUUUAAAAAGACUUAUACUAGAUAAUGGGAAUUUAGUAUCCCCAAAUGAUGAAAUAAUAAAUAAAAGAAGUAAUUUAAAAUAUAGAAUUACUUUAAUUACAAGAAAAGUUGGAGAAUUGGGAAGAUUAUAUUGGUAUUUAGCAAUUCUUGGUCUAUUGUCAUAUAGUGUAAUAAUGCCAUUUAAUUAUAUUGCUGGACCCCUAAUUGUAGAGACUAGAUACAAAGAUAUUUCUACAGUUACAGCUAGACAGUAUGCAGGUAUAAUUAUGAGUUUAUUAUAUGCAGUAUCAGUUUUGGUUCUACCUAUAUUAGGAUGGAUUGUUGAUCGUGUUUGUGAAAGAUGUAAACUUUUGACAAUAUCUGUUGGUUUAUUAGCUAUUGCACAUACUUUAAUGCUUAAACUACAUCCUGCAAUUUCAAUAACAAUCCUGGGAUUUGGUUAUACUUUAUUUGCAACAGUUUAUUGGCCAUGUAUUAGUAUAAGUGUCCCUAGUAAUUUAUUGGGUACUGCAUUAGGAGUCGCUACUUGCAUUCAAAACAUUGGAUUUAUUGUAACACCCAUUGAAGUAGCAUUUUUGCAUUCAACAUUUAGAUCUUAUUUUGUUGUUGAGGCAUUCUUUUUAUUUAUUUCUAUAAUGGCAUUAAUUAUGUGUUAUCUUGUUACAGCAUUAGAUAAAGAACUUUGUGGAAGGCUUGAUUUUGCUGCAAAUACUAAUGUAAAUAUUUCUAAUGAUUUGGAACAUUUAAUUAUACAGUCUUCUUACAAAAAGAAUAAAAUUAAACUUGGAGAAUUGAUAUCAUAUAAAUCAGGAAAUAAUUUGAAUAUAAAUCGUACAUCUAUUAAUUCACCUCUCAGUACAACAGAUGAUUCAGAUUCUGAUCAAAAUGUAAAAUCAUCGGUAUUUAUAAAUGCAAAGACAACAUUACAAAUUACAGAUUAUCCAGUAAAUAUAUUAAUUAAGGGAAAUAGUGACUAG